AUGGAUGAUCGACGUGUUAGAAGUGCACCUCUACCUCCACCAGCGUUCUUCAAUCCCAAAGGGAAUUUGUGGAUUUUUUUUUCACAGGGAUUUGAUAUUCGUAGUAAGAAUGAGCUUCUUGCAAAAGAACGUGCUGAGUUUAUCAAAUUAUUGCAGAGGAGGAACCAGAAGUUGCUUGAAGAAGCACCCUCGCAUGCAUUAACCCCAGAUCUAAGGAAAGCCAGAGUUUGUUGUUGCAUAAUCCAAUCCAAUAGCUCAUCAAAUCUGAUUCGACAACUCCAACAGGUCUGUUACAUGCGUUUGCUUGCAAAUUACGCUAAAAAUCAUGAAGAAGAAGAUGAUUUAUCAUGA